AGAAGUCGCUGGCAUGGCUGUCUUGUGGUUUUUGUCCUGCCUCGCACUCUUCAGUGCUGCUCAGGGCCUGGAAUGUGGUGUCCCCGCAAUCCACCCCAUCGUGAGUGGCUACACCCGCAUCGUCAACGGUGAGAAUGCAGUGCCUGGAUCAUGGCCCUGGCAGGUCUCCUUGCAGGAGAAGAGCGGCUGGCAUUUCUGCGGUGGAUCCCUAGUCAAUGAGAACUGGGUGGUGACCGCUGCCCACUGCGGGGUGACGACCUCCAAUGUUGUUGUGCUUGGUGAAAAUGACCGCAGCUCCGAUGUGGAGAAAAUCCAGAAGUUGGGUGUUGAAAAGGUCUUCACCCACCCAAAGUGGAACCCGCAAACCAUCAACAACGACAUCACCCUCAUCAAGCUGGCGACUCCUGCUGAGCUGACUCCCGCUGUGUCCCCCGUGUGCAUGACUGAAGCCGUGAACCUGUUCAAGAGCGGAGACCUUUGUGUCACCACUGGCUGGGGCAAGACACGCUACAACGCUUUCACAACCCCCAGCAAGCUGCAACAAACGGCCCUGCCCCUUCUGUCCAAUGAAGAGUGCAAGCAGCACUGGGGCAACCAGAUCAGUGACCUGAUGAUCUGCGCGGGUGCAGCCGGCUCCUCUUCAUGCAUGGGUGACUCCGGUGGACCCCUUGUGUGCCAGAAGAAUGGUGUUUGGCAGCUGGUGGGCAUCGUUUCUUGGGGCAGCAGCCAGUGCAAAGUCACUAUGCCAGGCGUGUACGCUCGUGUCAGCGAGCUCCGGGAGUGGGCUGAUGAGAUCAUGGCCAAUAACUGA